AUGGUUCGUAGAUCUUACAAAACCGUCGAAACAGGCGACGACACGACGACCGUCACAGCUCCGGCGUCCGAGGUCGAGGCACCGUCAUGCUUUAGCGAUGGACUUCCGCUACCCCAAGUCAUGGUCUUUGACUUGGAUUAUACGCUCUGGCCUUUCUGGGUAGAUACUCAUGUUACUGGACCAUUGAAACCCACCAAAGACGGCUUGGUGGUCAAAGAUCGCUACAACGACUCAUACGGCUUCUAUCCAGAAGUUGCUGGCAUCUUGGUCGCGAUCAAAGAAAAGAACCUGACACUAUGCGCGGCUUCGCGAACCCAAGCACCCGAACUCGCACGCGAGAUGCUAUCGUACCUGAUCGUUCCUUCCUCGCCAUCCUAUAUAUCAUCCUCGCCGAAAGCCCUUUCCGUAUUCGACGAACUGGAAAUUUACCCUGGAGACAAGAAGACACACUUUUCACGUAUACACAAGAGGACGAAUAUACCUUACGAAGAGAUGCUAUUUUUCGACGAUGAGUCGAGGAAUAAAAAUGUGGAGACUUUGGGGGUCACGAUGAAGUUGGUACGAGAUGGUGUGUCGAGGAAGGAAGUCGAUGCUGGAGUAAAGCUAUGGAGAGAGAGAAAUCACAGAUUGAAGAAGGAGGACUGA